AUGGCCUUGAGGGUCGCUAGCUGCGGUAAACAGGGGAGGAAGAAGCCUCUUCCAGCAGAGACGACUGGUCAGAAGGACACGUCGGUGGCGGAAGGCACGGCGGAUUCACCUGAAGAAUCUUGUUCAUCUCCGCAAAUCUGCGAAACUCAGGCUGAACUGGAUGAAAAGGCCAAUUCGGCAGAUGCCAAAUAUGCCAUUGUCUUCCCCAGGAUGAACAAAAUUGGUAAGGCUAAGGAAGUGUCAGCGGAGCCCCCUGGCACUGCCACGAGUGAUGCCACCCCUGGACGUAAACCUCCCAAGCCGGGCGCCCGCUUGGUCCUUCCGGUCAAACCGGACCUGACCGUCCUUAAGUCCAUUAAGAACAACGCCGUCAAGGAUCAGACUGAGAGAGGUCUUGCCCCAGAUCGACGUACAGCAGAAAGUAGAGCGGAGGCCGGAUCAGAGGACAGAGAGCCGACGUCAGACAGCAGAGAGAGUGGCAGUGUCUUGCAGGCGGCAAAGGGAAAACUCGGAAGCUCGCAGAUACAACUAACCAAACUGGCUAUGUCCCAGGCACUCAACGGGGGGCAAAUCCUGGACAGGGAAGGCAGGGAAAGAACUCUGGGACAGGCUGUCCCGUCGGUGGAGACAGAGGGCGGAGGGGAUGGAUUGGCGCCAUCCUUUUACGAGGAGGAGGUGGACCGGGAGGUAGCUGAGCUGAUGGGGGAUGGUCUUCUCCCUUCUCAAAUGGAGCUCCACUGGGCUCAAAACCGUCAGAAUUUAGGGGACCCCCAGGAUUGGCUGCGGGCGGAGAACCUUCUGCCCCACCAAACCGUGGAGAAGCUCACGAAGUGGACGGUGUACCAGGACGAGGAACACGCCCAGGUCGUUCCCAUCCACAACGGCAGAGGACCAUGGGAGUCUGAGGAUCCUACUCAGCACAUGCUGGAGAGCAGACUGAGUAACACCCAGGUGCUCAUGCCAGGAAACAGCCGGGCUGUGGAGGUUGAUGAAGUGGAGGACCUAUCACAACUAGGGGAAGUGUGUGAAAGCUCCGUGUUGCUCAAUCUGAAGAAGCGCUUUCAUCGGGACUGUAUUUACACAUACAUUGGUAACAUGCUGUUGUCAGUGAACCCGUUCAAACCGCUCAGCAUCUACACUGAGGAGUUGAGGCAGCAGUAUCAGGGCAAGGAGAAACAGCAGAAUCCACCACACGUUUAUGCCAUAGCAGACGUCGCUUUUUGCCAAUCCCAGAAUUCAACACAAGAGCAGUGUAUCGUCAUAAGCGGUCAGAGUGGGUCUGGGAAAACUGAGGCUGCCAAGCUUAUUAUGCACUAUCUGAACUCCAUGUAUCAGGGCAGGAAUGACAACCUUCGACAGGUCAAGCCAAUGGAGGUGCUGCCGAUCCUGGAGAGCUUUGGGAAUGCCAAAACUAUUCUCAACAACAACUCUAGCCGUUUUGGCAAAUAUCUACACAUCCACAUACGCCAUGGUGUUGUUGUCGGGACAUCGUUGUCAAAAUACCUACUUGAAAAAUCACGAGUCGUCUUCCAGGCCAACGAGGAGAGGAAUUAUCACGUGUUUUACGAGUUACUGGCUGGGAUGAAUGAGUGGGAUAAACAAGACCUUUAUCUGCAAGGAGCAGAGACCUAUUACUACCUCAACCAGGGUAGGGCCUGUGAGCUACAGGGGAAACACGACAAGCAGGACUUCCUGCUGCUGGUGAAGUGUUUGGAGACAAUCGGCUUGCAGACCGAUCAGAUAAACACAAUGUGGGCUAUAUUGUCAUCCAUACUGCAGCUGGGAAACAUCUGUUUCAGCUCCUACGAGAGCGAGUCGUUUGAGGUUGCGCGUAUCUUCAGUGAGGCUGAGGCUCGGCGUGUGGGGAGUCUGUUACAGAUCUCAGCCGAAGCCUUACAGACUGUCAUCACGCACCGAGUCACAGAAACGACAUAUGACAGGAUCUACUGCCCUCUAUCUGUGGAGAGUGCUAUUGAAUCCAGGGAUGCCAUUGCCAAAGCUCUUUACUCUGUGCUUUUUGAUUGGCUGCUCGAGCGGAUCAAUGAUUGGCUGAUCCCCACAGAGAUGGACAGCACUGUGGGCAUCGUGGACAUCUAUGGCUUUGAGGAUCUAGGGGUGAACAGUUUCGAACAGCUCUGCAUUAACUUUGCCAACGAACAGCUGCAGCAGUUUGUCAACAAAGCAGUGGUGACCCAGGAGCAGGAAGAUUACAGUGCAGAGAAGAUACAGUGGUAUCCAAUAGCUUUGCAGGAUUUCCACGUCUGUCUGGACCUUAUCUCCGCACGACCCCAUGGUAUCCUUCGUAUCCUGGACGACCAGACCUGCCUACCUCAGGCUACUGACCACACAUUCCUGCAGAAAUGCCACUAUCACCAUGGUAACAGCCCUUAUUACGCCAAGCCAAAGAUCCCCCUGCCUGUGUUCACUAUUUAUCACUACGCUGGGGCAGUCACGUACCAGGUGCAUAACUUCCUGAAUAAGAAUCAUGAUCAGUUUCGUCCUGAGGUGCUGGAGCUCUUUGCUCGCAGUCGACUGCAGAUGGUGUCCGGAUUGUUCCGGAAGGUGCAGGAGAGGUACAUGCAGCAGAAGGAACUGGGGGCAAGGGGCAGAGGGCACCGCCAGCAGCCCUCCACCGUGGCCGCACACUUUCAGCAAUCGCUGGCGGAGCUCAUCUCUCGACUGGAGAGGUGCAAGACAACGUUUAUCCGAUGUUUUAAGCCAAACUACGUGAAGUUACCAGGGAUAUUUGAUGUUGACUACAUAGCAACACAGCUCAGGCAUGCUGGGAUACUGGAGACCAUUCACAUCAGAAAAGAGGGUUUUCCCAUACGCGUGCCCUUUUCAUACUUCAUGGAGAGGUAUGGCGUGUUGUUGCCCCAGCGUUUGCCGAACGCCUCUGAUAAAGAGCAGGUCGUGGCUCUGUUAGAGACUGUGGGGGUUGAAGAGGGAGAAUAUCAGUUGGGGAUCACUAAGGUCUUUAUGAAGGAGUCUCUGUACCAGCGGGUGGAGGACAGGUGGAGCAGCACUCAGACCUGGGCAGCCGUGACCAUCCAGAGGAACAUCCGCGGCUUCAUCUGCCGACGGAACUUUCGCUUCUUCAAACAGAAAGCCAUUGUCAUCCAGUCUCACAUACGGGGGCACCAAGCCAGGAAGUACUACAAGAGACUGAAGCAGUCCUUCACACAGUUCUGGGCGGCCAUGAUGGUUACCAGAAACACCAUUAAGAGGAGACACUGGAGAUCUUUCCCUGUGACUGGCAGAUUGACUUGUUUCCUUGCAUCAGUGUGGAGUUCUUCUGUGUGGACUAUUCAAUUCUCCUCUAAACUAGACUCAGACAGUUCAGGUAGGAGAACGCUCAAACCCAACGCGCCAGACUCAGUGUGA